AUGGUUUCCAAUUUGACAUCUGUUUUUCGUAGUAGAAAUCAGCAAGACAAGAAGUCAAAGAAGGCAGCAAUUGUUUCGACGAGCAGUGAAGAGCAACCACAACCAACUCCAGCCAUGGUUCUCAUCCCGACUGUCACCAUUCAGGAAGUCACGAAAGAGGUAACCGUCACUGCUGCAGCUGUAGAACCUGAACCAGUACCAUCCAGUUCUGUCGUCAUCCAAGAAGUAGAAAUUCUGACUCCAAAUGAAGAUGAAGUCAAGCCAGAUGAUCCAGAACAACAGCCAGCUGGAUGCACAAUGUGUAAGAAAGUCGAAAACUUCGUGAAGCCUUAUUAUGAAACUGUGAAAGCAAAAUACCAACAAGUGGUUGAUCGACUUCUGGAUCCAUCUCUUCAUGCAACUAUCCGCUCGGAAUUCUUACAAUAUGCACCUGCUUUCCUCCUUGCCUUUGCCAUCUUUUUGUUUGCAAUCACUUUCAUUUCUUUCGUGAAAUUGUUGAGCCAUGGGGUUCACAAUGAACCAUCUUUCUUCUGCAGAUAUUUCUCCGGACCAUUCCACCCUAUUUUCAAUGCAAUCUGCGAACCGGAACCAUUCGUUUUUUCGGAGGAAUUGCCAAGAGUUAUGAGCGGACUGAUUGAUGAAAUCUUCUUGAAUCUCGCUGAGUUUUUCCGCACCAUUUCGAGAGGUUUCUCAGUUUUUGGAACACUUUUCACAGCAAUUUGGCAUGGAUUGUCCGAGAAUAUCUUCUUCGGAUUCCACGAGCUUGGAGAGAACGUCGGUGAAAACAUUGGCCAUCUUAUCCACUUCAUCGUUCAAUUCUUCCAUCAAAUAGUCCAUUUAUUCUUCUCUUCUAUCGCAACCGUAGCCGGCGCCAUCGCUGGUGUUUUCACUUCCAUUCAUGAUUAUCUAGAUCCUCAUCACGCUGAUCCUAAUGUUUGGUAA